AUCAGGCGGCGCCGCGCAGCGGCCAUGGCGGGGGAGGGGCGGGAGCGGCUGCUCCGCGCUGUGACCCGCCUGCAAGCCUGCGUCAGGGGGUUCCUGGUGCGGCGGCGGUUCGGGAGCCUGCGGGCGGAGUUCGAGGCGCUGGUGCGGGAGCUGGAGGGGGAGCUGGGCGGGCUGCGCUGGGCGGGCCGGCUCCUGCCGCGGCCCGUCUUCCUGCCCCAGGUUCCAGCACCAGGGGAGCGUGUGGGUGUCCAGGAGGCUGCCCCAAGGAAGCAGGCCAGCCUGGAAAUCCCUCGGGAGAAGCUGGACAGCCCUGAAGCAGAGCAGGACUCCAGCCGUGGGGAUCCUGCAGCCCAGCAGCCGAGCAAGGAGGAGCUGAGCUCGGGGGGGGAUGCAGUGAGCCCCCCAAAGCCUGGGGCUGAUGGACACACUGAAAAGGGGGGCAGAGCCCCAGAGGAGAGCCAGGAGUGGCAGAACAACAGCAGCAUGUCCCCUGUCCUGGAGAAGGGGUCUCCUGAAGCCUGCCUGGAAAUUCCUCUUGAGGACAGGAAGGAGCUUCCCAGGACUCGGGCUGGUCUGGAGUCCUACAGAAAUCACCUGAAGAUGGAGCUGCUGUGGUUGCAACAAGCCAUUGUCAGCAGGAAAAACUUCUUGAUGCUGAAGCAGAAGCUGGGGAGUCCAGACCUGUAGGAGAUCAUCCCUGAGCACCAGGGACACUUGGAUGGGUGUGGAGCUGCAGCCCCACAGCUGUGACCUCAGGACAGCAGCAGCUCCAGCUCUGGGGAUGAUGUUUUCCCCUUUGGCUGAAUGUGACAAGAAGCCUUUUCUUUCUUUUAAAUGUGCCUCUUUGGUCAAAGCAGGGAUUAAACAUCCCUGUGAAGGCAGGGAGGGGGUUGGGUGUCCCAGAGGGAGUCCCAGGGAGUUCUCCUUCCAUGAGGACUCUGUUGGCUGAGCUGGAUGAUCCCAGGGGAUUGUGACUGGGAUGACUCUCACUUUUGGAAGGUUCUUACUGACCAGCUCAUCACCUGUGGUGGAGCUAACCUGCCUGGAGGCAGUGGGUGCUCUGAGCCUGCAGGAACAAACUGUUCCCUGCUGGAGAAGGGGUGGUGACCUGUAGUGGUGUCUGAGCUGGGCAUCUGGGAUGACUCUGCACAUCCCAGCUCUGCUGUAUCUGGGAUCUCCAGGAGCUCACAGGCUUUGGGAACACCUUGUUGAAGUACUAAGUUAGGAGGAGAGCUACCCAGUGUGGUGGGUGGGGAGUGAUGGCACGUCAGACCAGUUUGGUUCCUGGCUUGGACAUCUCUGGUUGUGGUGACACCUCUUUGUGUCACCUGGGCUGGUGCCUGAGAGAGCCAGGAAGAACUUGCAGAGUUUGGUGCUUGUUCUGUACCUUCAGGGGCAUUUGAGGUCCCUCAGAAAGGGACUUUCCACACGGUGCUGUGGUUCCCCACUGUGACCCUCAGCCUUCUGUGCAUUCCUGCUGCCUGACCAGUCACUCCCCACGUGGCAGAGCUGUCCUCCUGUUGGGAAUGAUGCUGACAUGUUUGUGAAUAAAAAGCUUUCCUGACACUCA